GCGGAGAAGCUUCACCGCUAUCUCGCCCCCCGCAACCAAAGAAAAAUGCGUUGCGUACAAACAAAUACUUACAUUACGAGGCAGAAUCUCUCUCUCUCUCUCUCUCUCUCUCUCUCUAGACUAUCAUCAACAACACAUAUAAAGAGAAGUCAGCACUCUCCCUCUCUUUAGGGUUUUCUCUUCUUCUUCCACCUCCCUCUUCCUCGCAAAUCCCUAAUUUCCCAAUUUUAUACACCCAAUUCUUCUCAUUUCUCGUCCUAAUUAUUUAAUAGUAUAUAAUUUCUAGGGCUUCGGAUUGGUGCUUUGUUUGGAUUGCUUGAUUUCGAUACAAACGAGCAGUGUAUUUUCCUUCUCAAAUUUGAGGCGUGUUUUGGUUUUCUUGCGUCCAGAUGCAGUGGAUUAUUACCCGAUCCGUUGCCGCGUGAAUCGCGACCGCGGAUUUAAUCGGGGCGGUUUAGUUCUUGUAUGGAAACUCGGAGCCGGAAGCGGGCGGAGGCCUCCUCAACAGCCCCCUCAUCUUCCUCCUCAGGUCCUACCACCCGCUCCCAGAAGCGCUCCCGCCUUUCUGUCGCCACUGCUACUUCCUCUUCCACCUCCACCACUGCUGCCGCCACCGCUCCUUCAAUCGCCAUUGCCACAGCUCGCACUCGCUCUACUCGCGCUUGUCCUGCACUCAUGGACUCUACUACCCCUGUCGAGUCAUCAUCCCGUUCCCGUCGUAACAAAAGCGAAUCUUCCGACAAAGGCAAGGAGAAAGAGCACGACGUUAGGGUUCGAGACAAUAGGGAUGUCAGAGAUAGAGAGAGGGACAGCUUGGGCUUAAAUAUGGAAUCCGGAAAUAAUAAUCCCAAUGACGAUGAUGACGACGAUAGUGAAGGUGGUGGAAUCGGAACUUUCCACCAGAAUUUAACCUCAGCAAGUAGUGCUCUCCAAGGCCUAUUGCGCAAGCUUGGGGCUGGACUUGAUGAUUUGCUGCCUUCAUCUGGGAUGCCAUCUGCUUCAUCCUCACAUCAAUCCGGCAGACUGAAGAAGAUUUUAUCAGGUUUGCGAUCAGAUGGGGAGGAAGGGAAGCAAGUGGAGGCUUUAACUCAGCUUUGUGAGAUGCUCUCAAUUGGAACUGAGGAGUCAUUGAGUACUUUCUCGGUGGAUUCAUUUGUACCAGUGCUUGUUGGGUUACUGAACCAUGAGAGUAAUCCGGAUAUAAUGCUGCUUGCUGCUAGGGCAAUCACUCAUUUAUGUGAUGUGUUACCUUCAUCUUGCGCGGCCGUUGUGCAUUAUGGUGCUGUUUCAUGCUUUGUUGCUAGGUUGCUUACUAUUGAAUAUAUGGACUUGGCUGAACAGUCCCUGCAGGCGCUAAAAAAGAUAUCUCAGGAGCACCCAAAUGCUUGUCUGCGAGCUGGUGCUCUUAUGGCUGUGCUUUCAUAUCUGGAUUUCUUCUCCACUGGAGUCCAGCGGGUGGCUUUAGCUACUGCUGCAAAUAUGUGCAAGAAACUCUCAUCAGAUGCUGCUGAUUUUGUGAUGGAAGCCGUUCCUCUGUUGACAAAUCUUCUUCAGUAUCAUGAUGCAAAGGUAUUGGAGCAUGCUUCUGUUUGUUUAACCCGGAUUGCUGAAGCAUUUGCUUCAUCUCCAGACAAAUUGGAUGAACUAUGUAAUCAUAGACUUGUCACACAAGCUGCCUCUCUUAUUUCCACCAGUAAUUCUGGAGGUGGACAGGCAUCCCUAAGCCCACCUACAUACACGGGCUUAAUCCGACUGCUUUCCACAUUUGCGAGUGGGUCCCCUCUAGGAGCCAAAACUUUACUUCUCCUUGGAAUCAGUGGCAUUCUCAAAGAUAUAUUAUCAGGCUCUGGUGUUUCAGCUAACUCAUCAGUUCCUCCAGCUCUAAGUAGACCAGCUGAGCAGAUUUUUGAGAUUGUCAACCUGGCAAAUGAGCUUCUUCCGCCACUUCCGCAAGGAACAAUCUCCCUCCCUGCCAGCUCCAAUAUGUUUGUGAAAGGACCUGUUAUGAAAAAGUUGCCUUCAAGCAGUUCUGUGAAGCAAGAUGAUCUAAAUGGAAAUCUUCCUGAGGUUUCGGCCCGAGAGAAAUUGUUGAAGGAUCAGCCAGAGCUUCUGCAGCAAUUUGGAAUGGAUAUUCUUCCUGUGAUGAUUCAGAUAUAUGGUUCCAGUGUCAACAGCCCUGUUCGACACAAAUGUCUUUCAGUUAUUGGAAAGUUGAUGUAUUUCACCGGUUCAGAGAUGAUUCAGUCUUUAUUGAGCGUCACAAACAUAUCUAGUUUCUUAGCUGGUGUAUUAGCAUGGAAAGACCCUCAUGUCUUGGUUCCUGCCCUCCAAAUUGCUGAAAUUCUUAUGGAAAAGCUUCCUGGAACUUUCUCCAAGAUAUUUGUUAGAGAGGGUGUUGUGCAUGCUGUAGAUCAGCUUGUCUUAGCUGGAAAUCCAAAUUCCACUUCUACCCAAGCAUCCUCUGUUGACAAGGACAAUGAUUACGUGUCUGGAACAUCAUCUCGUUCCAGACGUUAUAAACGUCGCAGUGGCAACUCAAAUUCUGAAGGAAAUUCAUCAGAAGAAUCCAAGAAUCCUAUUCCAACAAUCGCUGGAUCACCUCCAAGUUCUAUUGAAAUCCCAAUGGUUAAUACCAAUCUUCGCAUGGCAGUCAGUGCAUGUGCUAAGGCUUUCAAAGAUAAAUAUUUUCCAUCUGAUCCUGGGGCUUCUGAGGUUGGAGUUACUGAUGAUCUUUUACAGUUAAAAAAUCUUUGCAUGAAGUUGAAUUUUGGUGUUGAUGACCAAAAGACUAAAGCAAAAGGAAAAUCCAAGGCAUCUGGGUCUCAUGCUGUUGAUAGUUCUGCUAAUAAAGAAGAGUAUUUGAUUGGUGUGAUAUCUGAGAUGCUGGCAGAACUAAGCAAGGGGGAUGGUGUAUCCACUUUUGAGUUUAUUGGAAGUGGGGUUGUAGCAGCCCUACUGAAUUAUUUUUCUUGUGGUUACUUUUCCAAGGAGAGAAUUUCAGAAGCUAAUUUGUGCAAGCUUCGUCAACAGGCACUUAGAAGAUAUAAGUUGUUUGUUGCUCUUGCCCUUCCUUCUAGUCUUGAUGAAGGGAGUGCAGCUCCCAUGACUGUCUUGGUUCAGAAGCUUCAAAAUGCCUUGUCAUCCUUAGAACGUUUUCCUGUUGUUCUGAGCCAUUCAUCUAGGUCAUCUAGUGGAAGUGCACGUCUUUCUUCUGGAUUAAGUGCAUUGUCUCAACCUUUUAAGUUGCGUCUUUGUCGGGCCCAAGGAGAAAAAUCUCUCCGUGAUUAUUCUUCGAAUGUAGUUCUUAUUGAUCCAUUAGCAAGUUUAGCAGCUGUUGAAGACUUUCUUUGGCCUCGGGUUCAGCGAUGUGAAUCCGGUCAAAAGCCCUCAGCAUCUGUGGGAAAUUCUGAAUCUGGGACCACCCCUAUUGGAGCUGGCGGAUUAUCUCCAUCUACAGCCACUCCAUCAACCACUCGUCGUCAUUCUUCAAGAUCCAGAUCAUCUGCUAAUAUAGGAGAUGCAGCUAGAAAGGAAUCGUCACAGGAGAAAAGCGCAAGCUCCUCUAAGGGAAAGGGGAAAGCUGUUUUGAAGAAUGCCCAGGAGGAGGAAAAAGGACCCCAAACCAGAAAUGCUGCCCGUAGAAGAGCAGCCCUUGAUAAAGACGCCCAAAUGAAAUCAGUAAAUGGGGAUUCUAGUUCUGAGGAUGAGGAAUUGGAUAUAUCUCCUGUUGAGAUUGAUGAUGCAUUGGUGAUUGAAGAUGAUGAUGAUAUCUCUGAUGAUGAUGAUCACGAAGAUGUGCUGAGAGAUGAUUCUCUACGUGUUUGCAUGCCUGAAAAAGUACAUGAUGUAAAAUUGAGUGAUGCGCCUGAGGAUAGCAGUGGUGCUCCAGCAGCAAGUGAUAGCCAAACUACUCCUGCCUCUGGUUCUGGUAGUAGAGCAGCUGCUGUUAGGGGCUCAGAUUCUACUGAUUUUAGGGGUGGUAACUCUUAUGGCUCUAGGGGUGCUUUGUCAUUUGCUGCUGCUGCUAUGGCUGGUCUUGGAACUGCUAAUGGCAGAGGUAUAAGAGGAAGCAGAGAUCGACAAGGACGACCACUGUUUGGUAGUUCCAAUGAUCCUCCAAAGUUGAUAUUUACUGCUGGUGGGAAACAACUAAAUAGACAUUUGACCAUAUAUCAGGCUGUCCAAAGACAACUUGUGCUUGAUGAGGAUGAUGAAGACAGGUAUGCUGGCAGUGAUUUCAUAUCUAGUGAUGGUGGCAGGCUUUGGAGUGAUAUAUAUACAAUUACAUACCAGAGGGCAGAUGGCCAAACUGACAGGGUUUCUAUUGGGGGCUCAAGUUCUACCACCACAACAAAGUCUGCAAAAAAUGGUUCUUCCAGUUUGAACGCUGACAGCCAAUUGCAGCGGAUGUCACUUUUAGAUAGCAUCUCACAAGGGGAGCUUCCUUGUGAUUUGGAGAAAUCUAAUCCUACUUAUAACAUAUUAGUUCUGCUUCGCGUACUAGAGGGUUUGAAUCAGCUGGCACCACGUCUGAGAGCCCAGUUAGUUUCAGACAAUUUUGCUGAAGGGAAAAUCUCAACUUUGGAUAGGCUGAAUGCUACUGGUGGUAGGGUUUCUGCUGAAGAAUUUAUUAACAGCAAGCUUACCCCUAAAUUAGCUCGUCAAAUUCAGGAUGCCCUUGCAUUGUGCAGUGGGAGUCUUCCAUCAUGGUGUUACCAGUUGACAAAAGCAUGCCCAUUCUUGUUCCCUUUCGAGACUCGGCGACAGUACUUCUAUUCAACUGCUUUUGGAUUGUCUCGUGCAUUAUAUCGUCUUCAACAGCAACAGGGUGCUGAUGGUCAUGGAUCGUUAAAUGAAAGAGAGGUGAGGGUUGGAAGAUUACAACGUCAGAAGGUUCGUGUUUCUCGCAACCGCAUUUUGGAUUCUGCUGCAAAAGUAAUGGAGAUGUAUUCUAGUCAGAAGGCUGUACUUGAAGUAGAAUAUUUUGGUGAAGUUGGCACAGGGUUGGGUCCUACCUUGGAGUUUUACACACUUUUGAGUCAUGAUUUACAGAAAGUUGCACUCGGAAUGUGGAGGUCAAAUUCAUCAUCUGAGAAGCCAACUAUGGAAAUUGAUGAAGAUGGUAACAAAAAUGGAAAAUUCAAUAAUGGCUCUGGUGGUGCUGGUGAUGCAGAUGUUGUCCAAGCUCCGCUUGGUCUGUUUCCUCGUCCUUGGCCUCUAAAUGCUGAUGCUUCUGAGGGUAGCCAGUUUUAUAAGGUUAUUGAGUAUUUCCGGUUGGUUGGACGGGUAAUGGCCAAAGCUCUUCAAGAUGGACGCCUUUUGGACCUUCCGCUUUCAACAGCAUUUUAUAAGCUUGUGCUUGGUCAAGAGCUUGAUCUGUAUGAUAUUCUUUCCUUCGAUGUGGAAUUUGGGAAGGUUUUGCAAGAAUUGCAGACCCUUGUUUGCAGAAAACAUUACAUAGAGUCUUCAGGAACUGAUAAUCGUGAUGCUAUUGCUAAUUUACAUUUUCGUGGGACACCAAUCGAUGAUCUCUACUUGGAUUUUACCCUUCCUGGUUAUCCUGACUACAUUUUGAAGCCUGGAGAAGAAACUGUUGAUAUAACUAACUUGGAAGGCUACAUAUCUUUGGUGGUCGAUGCAACAGUGAAGACUGGGAUUGUGCGGCAGAUGGAAGCGUUUAGAGCUGGGUUUAAUCAGGUGUUUGACAUCUCAUCCUUACAAAUAUUUUCUCCACAAGAGUUGGACUAUUUGCUUUGUGGGCGUCGAGAGUUGUGGGAGCCUGAGACUCUUGUUGAUCAUAUAAAGUUUGAUCAUGGAUACACAGCCAAGAGUCCUGCAAUUAUUAAUUUGCUGGAGAUUAUGGGAGAGUUCACCCCUGAGCAGCAGCGUGCCUUCUGCCAGUUCGUUACGGGUGCACCAAGGUUACCACCUGGUGGUCUGGCAGUACUGAAUCCAAAGUUAACAAUUGUGAGGAAGCAUUCUUCAUCUGCAGGGAAUGUGGUAGCAAAUGGAGCUGGGCCUUCAGAAUCAGCAGAUGAUGACUUGCCUAGUGUCAUGACAUGUGCUAAUUACCUGAAACUUCCUCCAUACUCUACAAAGGAAAUUAUGUACAAGAAAUUGCUGUAUGCAAUUAGUGAAGGGCAGGGAUCCUUUGAUUUGUCUUGAGGUUUGACUAAAUGGUUGAACGGCUUAUAUUGUAUCACAAGACUCUUCAGGAUCAUUUUUUUUUCCUGGAUAAAUUUGAUAAAGAAAGUAGCACCUGUCUUGCUCAAUAAUGGCUUCAUUUUGGUGGCCCUUCAAACUAAUGGCGUCAUCAAGGUUGGAUUGCUGCAUUUUCAUGCUGUAAAGAGGGAACAUGUGUAAAGAAGAGGGAACAUGUGGAGGAGGUUCAGCUUCUAAUGCUUGUAAAUAAAUAGGAAUAUCUUUUUUUUUUUUCUCCAUAUUUAGUAAGAUAUACAUGUAUUCCAUGAAAAGAUAGUGGGGAAAAAUAAUGCAUUUAAAUGUUGAUCACCCUA